CAGGAUGCUAAACCGAAGUGACAACAUCGCUGGAAUGGAUUUUUCAUGAUCGGCGUGGUCUAAUCAUGGGUUGAUAAAAUCCUCCCCCUCGAGGCAACUUGGUCACGUUGUUACUAGUCAAAUUCCGUGAUCAAAUCGAGCACGAAGAAAAAAAGGAUAACAACACCGCUGCCGCCGAUACUAAAAGAUAACCACAAGGAUUGAAAAUAAUGCGACAUGAAUGAUGUCGUAACAAAAUCAGAAGUCUUCAUUCCCCCAAACCCACGAUACAAAAUGGUCGGGCUAUGAUUACAAAUCGGUGAUACGAGCGAAAGUGAUCACGCCACCGUUAAAAGAGAAGUCGUAGUAUUGUUACGUAACUGUUUUAUCUUUAACGAUAUCACCUUAUUUGUUGAGUUUAAUUCCCGACUAGAACCAUCUAUGAUUUGUUUUUCUAGCCAAAGUCAGAAAGGCUUACAAAUUGCGGCUAUCAAAUUUUGCAAGAAAGACGAAAAGAUUAACGGCGGGGCAUUAUCAAAGAAAGUCAAUCCUAAGUCCUAACAAUGGCUUCUAGAAAUGGCAAAGCUUCCAGCCUUGAAGAAACCGCUGCUACGACACCAGUCUCAAGUGUUGGAUGAGAUGGUUUGUAUGACCAUUUGGCACAAAAUGGAUCUCGAGCAAUCUGUCAGAAAUCUUCAGGCUCAGAACAACCAGUUCCAAGAGAUGCUCCUUAACUUGGCCAAGGGGCCAGAAGAAAUGAAGACACUUCUGAUCAAGAAGGAGAAGGAUCACCAUAUGCAGCAAGGUGGUUGGAAGUCCAAACCUAAGCGCUCAUUUACUCCAUUGCACGUGCCAUUGUCUAAUGUUCUGCAACAACUACUAAAUCAGAACUUGAUAACCCUAUUGCCUCCAUAUCCAGUUCAUGUCAAUCCUGCUCCUGGGUACAUGUAUAUUGCAAGAUGUGCUUAUCAUUCGAGCAGUCCUGGUCAUGAUACAGAGGAUUGUGGACCAUUGAAGCAUAAUAUUCAAUACUUAAUUGAUGAAAGAAUUAUUGAUUUCAAAACACCUGAGGAGCCUCAUAUGGCUGAUACUGUGCACCACCAGAAAGGUUAUAAUGAACACAACCAAUCUGUGGGGGCAGUUCUGAUCUCCACGCUAGCACCACAACAACAAAUCAAGUUGGACGCGCCUAAGCGUCAAUUCACCAAUAUUAAUAUGUCGUUGGCUUAG